UCAGGUAGGCUUGUCUUUCCAUUUCACAUCACCAAUCUUUUCUGAAACGCUGCUCUUUUGCAUUACAUGUUUGAACGUAUUCCAAUUGUUUUGAUUAGUUUUGGGAUAUAAUGCCUUCUGAUAUCAGGAGUUUCUUUGGCGGUGGUGGGCAAGGGACUCAGAAGUUACCUGCACGAAAGGAGGAGGCCCCGCCCACGAAGAAGCGAGGCCGUCCUGCCACCCGCCGAGUGAUCCAUGAUGACUCAGAGGAAGAUGAUGCUCCCACGAAACCCACGCCUAAGAAGUCUGCGCCCAAAGCGAAGCGUGAACCUACCCCUGAGGGACAAGCCACAACUACAUCCGAUUACUUUGGAAGUAAGAAACCAAAACGUUCGGAACCAGUGAAAAGGAAAAAUGCAACCACAGAGGUUACAACACCCAAAGCCAGCCCCAAAUCUUCUCCAGCCAAGUCUCGAACUAAGCCUUCUCCACCUGCUACAAAUGGACGAACCUCGACCCGCGCGAAGAAACCAAUGACGUAUAACGAAGACGAAGAUAACAUUGAUGCAUACCUUAACGAUGAUGAUGAUGGCGCCGAUGAUAUAUUUGCAGCUGAUUUCAAAAACAGAAGGAUAGAUACCGAUAAUUACGUUGAAAGUCUGGACGUUACUCAUGUAAAGCUUCCCCAUCACCAGACGCCAAAAAGAAAGGGCACGAAGAAGGCAAAGGACGACCACGAGGAGAACUACGAGCCCGACGGUCAUGACAUCAAUAUGAAGGACACGGACGCCGAUAGUGAUUUCACUGUCUCAGAUGACCAUAAGGAAGCUGUCAAGAGCAAAUCAAAGGACGGUGGAAAGAGUACAAAAACAUCGAGCCGGAAGCGAAAAUCCGUGGAAUUGUCUGAAGAAGACGAAGAAGCAGAGCCUUCGAAGAAGACCAGGAAAGCUGCACCAGCAAAGAAGUCCCCUGUCAAGAAAAAAGCGAAGAAGGAAGACGUACCGGAGAAUCCGAAGGUGCAAGAGAUCUUCGACAGCAUUCCUACCAUACGACCUCCGACCCCACCGCCUGCAUCUGGAGAGGCGAAAAAAUUCAACUUCCGGGCACAACAUGCCAAUUCAGGAGCACCACCCUCCGCUGGCUCGGCGGAUAUUCCUACCGGUCAACCGAACUGCCUCGCUGGUCUUACAUUUGUAUUCACCGGUCUCCUGCAAACACUACAAAGAGAAGAAGGACAAGCUCUGGUUAAGCGCUAUGGGGGUAAAGUGACCACUGCGCCGAGUAAGAAGACAAGCUACGUGGUCCUUGGUUCUGAUGCCGGUCCCAAAAAGCUUCAGACAAUCAGAACGAACGGUAUCAAGACUAUCGAUGAGGAUGGUCUCUUCGAGCUUAUUCGACGUCUUCCUGCGAAUGGCGGCGACAGCAAAGCUGCAGCAGCCUAUGAGGAAAAACAGAAAGCUGAAGAAGAAAAGAUCAAGAAAAUGGCCGCGGAAAUGGAAAGGGAAGAACGUCAAGAAAAGCAGAAAGCUGAAGAGGCAAAGAUGAACCAGUUGGCAACAAGAAUGCAGAAGGGAGACCAAAGAAAGGAUGGCGCUGGUAGAGCAGGCGGAGGCAAAGCUUCAUCAUCGGGGAAUCUUGAGAAAGCUGUAGAAGCCAGACCUGAUAACAGGCUCUGGACUGUCAAGUACGCUCCUACGCAGCUAAGCCAGAUAUGUGGCAAUAAAACGCAGGUGGACAAGCUACAGAAGUGGCUCAAGAACUUUCCUCGAGCAGUGCGCACAAACUUCAAGCUUGCGGGCGCUGACGGCAGUGGCACUUACCGAGCUGUCAUUAUCCAUGGCCCACCAGGCAUUGGCAAAACCACUGCUGCUCAUCUUGUCGCCAAACUCGAGGGCUAUGACAUCGUUGAAAGUAAUGCAAGCGACACUAGGAGCAAGAAGCUAGUCGAGGAAGGCCUCCGAGGAGUACUCAGUACCACAUCCUUACUCGGAUACUUCUCAGGCGAUGGCAAGCAAGUCGAGGCUUCUAAGAAAAAGAUGGUGCUUAUCAUGGAUGAGGUUGACGGUAUGUCAGCUGGUGAUCGUGGUGGUGUCGGCGCAUUGGCUGCGGUUUGCAAGAAGACACAGGUCCCCAUGAUCCUGAUCUGCAAUGAUCGAAGGUUGCCAAAGAUGAAGCCUUUUGAUCACUGCACAUAUGACUUACCAUUUCGACGUCCAACUGUUGAUCACAUUCGGUCUCGUAUCAUGACUAUUGCGUUUCGUGAGGGCUUGAAGGUCCCGCCCAACGUAAUCAACGCUCUUAUCGAAGGGAGUAACGCCGAUAUCCGCCAGGUCGUCAAUAUGGUUUCGACAGCAAAGUUGGAUCAGGAAGCUAUGGACUUUGAUGGCGGCAAGUCUAUGUCGAAGGCAUGGGAGAAACACGUUAUUCUAAAGCCAUGGGACAUCGUUGGCAAGAUACUUGGCGGGGGAAUGUUCGCUGCCAGCAGCAAAGCUACCCUGAACGAGAAGAUUGAGCUAUAUUUUAAUGAUCAUGAGCUCAGCUAUUUGAUGCUACAAGAGAACUAUCUUGGUACAAACCCAAUCGUCGCGUCGACUUACACUGGUAAAGAGAGAAACCUGAAGAUGCUCGAGCUUGUUGACAACGCUGCCUCAAGCAUCAGCGACGGCGAUCUAGUUGACCGGAUGAUCCAUGGCUCACAGCAACAGUGGAGUCUUAUGCCCACUCAUGCUGCCUUCAGCUUCGUACGCCCCGCGAGUUUCGUGUCUGGAAGCAUGGCGGGCUACAAGACCGGCUUUCCCUCUUGGCUAGGCAAGAACAGCUCCGCGCAGAAGAUGCAGCGUAUGGUGAAGGAAAUACAAGGCCAUAUGCGUCUAAGAUCAUCAGCAGAUCGUCACGAGAUACGACAAUCUUACGUGCCCGUCUUGUGGUCGCAGAUGGUGAAGAAAUUGGAGACAGAUGGCAAGGAGGCUGUCCCUGCUGUUAUUGAUUUGAUGGACAGCUACUUCUUGACAAAGGAUGACUUUGAUGCUAUUCAGGAAUUAGGCGUUGGAUACAUGGACCAAGAGAAAGUCAACAUUGAGUCUCAGGCCAAAGCCACCUUCACCAGACUGUACAAUCAACAGUCACAUCCACUGCCUUUUAUGAAGGCAGGUAACGUUCUCCAACCCAAAGCCAAACAAAAGGAGCAGCCUGAUCUUGAAGAGGCCAUCGAAGAGUCCGACGAUGAUCAAGUCAUCAAUGAAGUCAAGGAAGAGGAUGAAGAAGAGGUUGACCUGUCGAAAGACAAGUAUGUCAAACAGCCCAAGAAGAAGAAGGCCGCAGCAAAGCCCAAGCCAGCGGCCAAGAAAAGGACCAAGAAGGACGAUAGCGAUGAAGAGCUGAGUGAUGAGGAGGAAGUCAAGCCCAAGAAGGGAAAGGCUGUUGCCAGGGGUAACAAUAGUAAAGGUCGUGGAAGAGGCAGGAAAUAGUGAGUAGUAUUGUGUGAGAUUUUACCUCACAAUGGGCGGUUCCAGCAUGUCUUUUGAGUAUAACAGGUUCGGAUGCCUAGAUAUUGAUCAAAUGAGAUGUUGUUGGCAGUAAACAAUUCCACGUCAUUUCAUCCUUGGGUUGGGCAAGAUCUGGG